AUGACCGGGAAGGACGAGUUCGUUUCUUACUCGCCCCUUCCCUCAAAUCCUAACCCUCACCCUAAUCCUUAUUCUUAUCCUAACCCGUACCAUCAAAACGUUGUCGUUCUUCUCCCCACUUACCAUCCUCGUUUCAAUAGCCGUCGCCGUCGCUGCAUCCUCUACUCCCUCGCACUCUUCCUCUUCCUCCUCUUUGCCGGUGUCGCCUUCCUCCUCUACCCCUCCGACCCGGAGAUCCGCCUCGUCCGGAUCCGACUCAAUCGCAUCGGGAUCCGAACCAACCCGAAGCCCAUUCUCGACCUCUCCUUCUCCCUCACCGUCAAAGUUCGCAACCGAGACUUCUUCUCCCUAUCCUACGACUCCCUCGACGUCUCCGUUGGCUACCGGGGCCGCCAAAUAGGCUUUGUCUCUGCCGCCGGCGAAGAUGGACGCAUCAGGGCGCGCGCCUCCUCCUACGUCGACGCCACGCUCACCGUCGACGGGUUUGAGGUUAUCUACGAUGCGUUCUACCUGCUAGAAGAUAUCGCUAAGGGUGUGAUUCCGUUUGACGCUGACACGAGAGUUGAAGGGAAAUUGGGACUUUUCUUCUUCACUGUUCCUUUGAAGGCAACGGUGUCAUGCGAAGUGUACGUGAACAUAAACCAGCAAACAAUUGUACGUCAAGACUGUUAUCCUAAGUCACUGGGUGAUCCUCUUGAUCAGAGCGCAGAUAUUGAAGUUGGAGAUACAUGA